AUGUAUAUACUACCUAAUCCGCAGGACAAAUUAGACGCCGUGACGAAAGUAUCGAACUUUCUGACGGAUCAAGUUCAGAACGCGUUGAAUGUGGGGCUGCAGGAGAUGAAGCAGCGGCAGAACUUGGCCAUUAACUCGUUGCACACUAUGAAAACGGAACGGGCUGAUGUGAGAGACAGGAUAGCUAGGGUGGAGAAGUCCGUGGAGGAACUAAAUAGGUACUUCGCCAGCCAUGCGGAACGGCUCGACAAGGUGGUCAGGCGGAUGGAAGCCUACAUGAUGAGACGGAGGAUUGGCACGAGCAAGCGUUGCUUGUGGGUGUGCGUGUGCAGUGGAGUGGGUCUCAUGUAUUGGAUUGCUGCCGCAAUGCUGGCUGUGGCUCAGUCAUGUCUGCGGAUGUUACACCGUCUGUGGUUACGAAUGGUUAACAGUAGUGAUUCGGAGAGGAUACCCAGAGGCAAGUCCCCUGGCCAUUUGUGUGGGCAGCGUGAUGUGGUGUGGACGUACAAUCACCCGAGUGGCGGCCAUUGGGCCAAACAUGUCGUAAAUAGUUUGCGACUUAUGUUCAAUACUGUUGCAAACUUCUCAGCUGAUUUUCUGUUUUGUGUAGGUUUCCAUCGUCUGACGAAUGGAUUGCAGAUACACAGAGGUACCAUGGAAGACAGUUGUCGCAAUCUAUUUGCGACUGUGUCGUUUUUCUUCACCCAUGCAUUAUUUGACGAAGGGCAGGAUAUCGAUGGUGCACCAGACGGCGUCGCCUCGCAAUCGUCUGAUUCCAUAUACUAUCCAUAUGCAUCGGAUUAUGCGUUCACGCUGAUGAUCUUCAUGAGCAUGGUGGCCUUCGUGACCAUCACUGAACUGGGCAUCCACUUACGCUUAGUGACAUCUGCUGUUAUUGCGGGAGAGUUCCAAGCAGGCAUGAGUACACUGCUACUCGCAAUUGCUAUGCAAGGCGUUACAAAGAUCGCCGAUAUACGUAACGAUCCGCAUGUAUCGGACAACGCGUAUGCGCGACGCUCUCUGCUCAUGAUGGCUUUAGUUGCCAAACGCUUUGGAUGA